CUUGACUUUUCGUGGCUCGCGAACUGCUUCUAGUCUCAACCUGCUUGUUGAUCUCCCCCGCGCGGCUGAUUAAACCUGCCAGUUUAUUAUUAGCUCGGCUGGCACCGCGGGGCGGCUUCGACUCGACGGGAGAACUCGCCGAGAAGCGGCCGACGGCGGCGUUUCUGUCGAGUUUGGAACGCCGAGAGGCUUUUUCUCCCCCUCCAAUGUAGCUGAGAAGCUAGCCUCGUCGCGAGCUCAUCGUUUACACAGCGUCUUUUCUUCCUCUUUCUUUGUGCCAUUUUUUUGGUCGGCUUUUCCGGAUAACCAUCGCGGUAGGCGGUACGAUUAAGUGUCGAAAAAAGGUCGUCAAAAUUGCGGAUUCAUCCCGAGGCUGUCAACCGGGCUCACCCCCUCCACCCCCGGUCACCGAGCGAAUUAAUGGCCGGAAAUCCGAGGAGGGGCGCGGGUCUCAUCGGCUUGAUGAAGGACGCCUUUCAGCCCCACCAACAGCCCCUGCAGCCCCACCAACCCGCCGUGGUGGACAAGAAAAUGGUGGAAAAAUGCUGGAAGCUCAUGGAUAAGGUGGUGCGCUUGUGCCAGAACCCCAAGGUGGCGCUGAAGAACAGCCCGCCGUACAUCCUGGACCUGCUGCCGGACACUUACCAGCACCUGCGCACCAUCCUGUCGCGCUACGAGAGCCGCAUGGACAUGCUCGGCGAGAACGAGUACUUCCGCGUGGUUAUGGACAACCUGACCAACAAGACCAAGCAGACCAUGAGCCUGUUCAAGGAGGCCAAGGAGAGGAUGUACGAGGAGAAUUCGCAGCCCAGGCGAAACCUCACCAAGCUGUCACUCAUCUUCAGCCACAUGCUGGCCGAGCUUAAAGCCAUUUUCCCCAACGGCCUGUUUCAAGGCGACAACUUCCGCAUCACCAAAGCGGAUGCCGCCGAGUUUUGGAGGCGCUCCUUCGGGGACAAGACCAUCGUGCCGUGGAGGACGUUCCGCCAGGCGCUGCACGAGUUCCACCCCAUCAGUUCGGGUCUGGAGGCCAUGGCGCUCAAGUCCACCAUCGACCUUACCUGUAACGACUACAUCUCUGUCUUUGAGUUCGACAUCUUCACCAGGCUAUUUCAGCCGUGGUCGUCUCUUCUGAGGAACUGGAACAGUCUCGCAGUCACGCAUCCGGGCUACAUGGCCUUCCUUACGUAUGACGAGGUCAAGGCUCGUCUGCACAGGUUCACCCACAAACCGGGCAGCUACAUCUUCAGGCUGAGCUGCACGCGACUGGGCCAGUGGGCCAUCGGCUACGUGACGGCGGACGGUAACAUCCUGCAGACCAUCCCUCUUAACAAGCCGCUUUUUCAAGCGCUCAUCGACGGCUACAGAGAGGGCUUCUACCUCUUCCCAGAUGGUCGUGCGCAGAACCCAGACCUCACAGGCCUGUGUGAACCUUCUCCACAAGACCACAUCAAAGUGACCCAGGAGCAGUACGAGUUGUACUGCGAGAUGGGUUCCACGUUCCAGCUGUGCAAGAUCUGCGCCGAGAACGACAAGGAUGUCAAGAUCGAACCGUGCCGACAUCUGAUGUGCACUUCCUGUCUAACGGCUUGGCAGGAUUCGGAAGGUCAGGGAUGCCCCUUCUGCCGCUGUGAAAUCAAGGGCACCGAGCCCAUCGUGGUGGAUCCGUUCCAUCCCAAGGCAAGUGGCGGUGCUUUCGCCGGCUUCCAGGUCGGAGCCGGCCGGGCCGAGGCGGCCGCCAACGAUGAAGACGACGACGAGCGUCUGGAGGACCAGAACCUUGUCAUGAGCAGGCUGGCCUGCAGCAAGGUGGAGCGCCCAGCAUCUCCAGUCUCCCAGCUGCCGCCGGUCCCGCCUCGCCUAGACCUCCUUCAACAAAGACCUUCCAACUCUCACAACCAGCUGGGGCAAGGAGCCUGUGCUAAGAUGGGGGCCACACACAGGGACAAGCCCCUCCCGCUUCCCCCGGCGCUCCGAGAGCUACCGCCACCGCCUCCACCGGAGCGCCCUUCCCUGGUGGCGGCGGCGGACUCCAGGCUCCAGAGGAGACCCCUGCCCUCCACGCCAGACACUCCAGCUUGGACCGCCAACUACAUGGUGCCGCGGCCCGUCUGCAAGGCGCCCACCGCCGCCCUGCCGCCCACGCCUCAAGGUGGCGGCGCGGAGGCGAAUAAAGCCCAGGCGGCCACCAAUGCCAUCUACUGCCUGGCUGCCAGGUCCCUGCCGACUUCAGCCGUGUCCAGCAGGGAGAAGUUGUCCACCGACAGCGAGGAGAACGAGUACAUGAGUCCGACCUCGCUCCCAGCAUCGGGCGCACCCUGGAUUAUCACCGGCUCCUUGGUGCCGCCGCCGCCCAGCCAAGCCAACCACCACCACAACGAUGUCAGUGGUGAGGGCAUAGAUGUGGAUGCGGGCGACCCACAAGUGUAUGAAGCCAUGUGCAACAUCCAAGCGCAGGCGGCUACGGCUGAUGCCGUGGAUCACGAGCGUCCUCAGCUCUCUGCAGCAGCGUACCACGCCAAGUCAUCAGACGGCUCCUUUGAGGACGCGUACGAAUACGACUGCCCUCGCCCUCUGGCUCCCCCGGCGCCCGCCAGGCGAGUCCCAACAGAUGCCAACGGUCCCUCCGACGCCUUCGGCGGGCUCAGCAUCGACAGUGCUGUAGAAAGCGGUAUAUACGCAGCCGGCUCGGACCCCGAACGGCCCCCCAAACCCCUCCCGCGUCGCGCCAACUCAGACCGGCGGGUCCGGCCGCCGAACCGCGAGCUCCCGUCGGCCUCGCCGCCCCGGCCCUCGUCCUCGCACACGCCGCCCUCGACCGGCGCGGCGCUGAGCGGCGAGAUUGAGUGCCUGAUGUCUCAGGGUUACUCCAUCCAGGACAUCCAGAAAGCGCUGAUGAUCGCCAGGAACAACCUGGAGACUGCCAAGAACAUCUUGCGAGAGUUUGUGUCCGUGCCCUCACCCGCGCACAUCGCCACAUAGUCCCGCCCGACAUUGGUGCCCUCUAAAUACUUGUCUUUGUCCCACACGAAAAACCCCAAAAGCCUUUAAAUGUUCCUUGAAGCGUACGAUGUAACCACUCCAGGGACCAUGACAAGUUCGGUAACUCCGACACCGCAUAUGUUGUUGGGUUAUUUGGCCCAAUUGAGCCUUUAUUAACAGUAAUACAGAAAAAAAAAUGUCGUACGGACACGUUGGCUGAAGUUCAACACGUAAAUGGGCAUUUGUCGCUAACUUUCCUUGCAUAAUUGUUUCUGUAGCCCCGUUAGGCAGAAAGGAAAGCUUUGACUUCCUGUUUGUUUGCACUGCAGUCUCGAAAGGCUUUUUGCUUCCCGUUUGCCCGUCCCUAGUUUCAAACAUCGACUCUGUUCUACACUGCUGGCCAAAAGUAUUGGCACCCCUGCAAUUCUGUCAGAUAAUGCUCAAUUUCUCCCAGAAAAUGAUUGCAAUUACAAAUGCUUUGGUCGUAAUAUCUUCGUUGAUUUUGCUUGCAAUGAAAAAAACACAAAUGAGAAUGACACAUUUUUUUAAUCAUUAUCAUUUGACACAAAACUCCAAAAAUGGGCCGGAAAAAAGUAUUGGCACCCUCAGCCCAAUACUUUGUAGCACAACCUUUAGACAAAAUAACUGCGAACAACCGCUUCCGGUAUCCAUCAAUGAGUUUCUUACAAUGUUCUGCUGGAAUUUUAGACCGUUCUUCUUUGGCCAACUGUGUUUUAUGGGAUUCGGGUCUGGACUCAUUGUUGGCCACUUUAGAAGUCUCCAGUGCUUUCUCUCAAACCAUUUUCUAGUGCUUUUUUGAAGUGUGUUUUGGGUCAUUGUCCUGCUGGAAGAACCAUGAACUCUGAGGGAGAACCAGCUUUCUCGCAUUGGUCGUCUUCAGACUUCAUAAUGCCAUGCACACGGUCAAGCGUCCAUUGCCAGAGGCAGCAAAGCAACCCCAAAACAUCAGGGAACCUCCGCCAUGUUUGACUGUGCGGGGCGUGUUCUUUUCUUUUGAAAGUUAGCCUAUUUUUUUUUUCCUGUAAACUUGAUGCCUUUCCCCAAAAAGCUCUACUUUUGUCUCAUCUGACCAGAGAACAUUCUUCCAAAACGUUUUUGGCUUUUUCAGGUAGGUUUUGGCAAACUCCAGCCUGACUUUUUUUUUUUUUUGUCCCUGGGUCAGAAGUGGGGUCUUCCUGGGUAUCCUACCAUAGAGUCCCUUUUCAUUCAGAUGCCGACGAAUAGUACGGGUUGACACUGUUGUACCCUCGGACUGCAGGACAGCUUGAACUAAUUUGGAUGUUUGUCGAGGUUCUUUAUCCAACGUCUGCACAAACUUUCGUUGAAAUCUCUCGUCAAUUUUUCUUUUCCGUCCACAUCUAGGGAGGUUAGUCACAGUGCCAUGGGCUUUACACUGCACAUGGGAACAUUCAGGUCUUUAGAGAUGGACUUGUAGCCUUGAGAUUGCCCAUGCUUCCUUACAAUUUUGCUUCUCAAGUCCUCAGACAGUUCUUUGGUCUUCUUUCUUUUCUCCAUGCUUAACUCAUUUACUCGCAGCCAUUUUCACCGGAACAAGGCCCUUCGCUCCCGACCGUUUUACUGGAUUUUGACUGAUUUUGCAAGGCCCACAGAAAAAUUUGUUCUAUUGCUAUAUAAACAUGGAACCCACCAAAAGAAAGAUUACUCUCUUCUUUCAGUAGAAAAAAAGUAAGUUCAUCUUUUUCCAUUCUUUAGAAAUCAGCAUUAGAAAAUAGCUUAAUUUGAGCAUUUUUCCAAUUUCUGAUGAAAAAACGGAGAAAUUGAGCUUUUUGUGAACGCAUACAUUUCAAACACAACUUUGACUUUUACACAGCUAUUUUUUGCUUUAGUUACAUCCCAAACAUCUGAAUAAUGUUUUCCUUUUACAAAAUUGGAUGAACAACAAGACAAAUAGAGCCUUUGAUAGCAAAGUAACAAUUUAUUUACACAUAACUAACUGAGAGAUGACGCUGUUCUGGCCGCGACAGCCGGUUAAACUUUGCACUCAUCGCCGUCUGUCUCAUAAAGAUGAAUUUUUUUGAGUCUCUGCGGGCUCUGCUCGCGAGCAGCAUGGACUAUAGGGCAUCUAGUGGUCUCGGUCGUCCAGCGCCUGGCAUCCCGGGCGUUCUACCGGUUGUUCUGCUCGGUCGUCCGCCGCCUGUCAUCAAUUCGGUCGUCUUCCACCCUCUCCCCGGCUUUGCGGCUUGGCCGUUGGUUGCCGUUGAAUAGGGUUAUGGGUCUUACCAAAUGCGCUACUGCCCUCCAGUGGCCAGUUUUAUUGGUUUAAAAUGGGUUUUGAGCUUUGUGCAUUCUAUCUGAGAUACCUCGGAACCUAUAGAUGUCAAUUACGGAGAAAAAAAAAACGCAAAAGACGUAUAAAUACGUUUUUGGGACACUGAAGCAAUUAAAAAUAGAACAUAUUUAUACUUUUUUGGGAGCAAAUGAGUUCAUGUGGUACACACAAGGACACAGGACGGGUUGAGUCAACUUUAAUCCAUUUUAACUGGCUGCAAGUGUGAUUUAGGUAUUGCCACCUCCUGUUAUGUGCCACAGGUAAGUAACAGGUUCUGUUAAUUUCACAAAUUAGAGAAGCAUCACAUGAUUUUUCAAAGGGUGCCAAUACUUUCGUCCGGCCCAUUUUUGGAGUUUUGUGUCAAGUGAUAAUGAUUUUUUGUGGUUUAUCAUUGCAAGCAAAAUCAUUGAAGGUAUUACUACCAAAGCAUCUGUAAUUGCAAUCGUUUUUGGGAGAAAUUGAGCAUUAUCUGACAGAAUUGCAGGGGUGCCAAUACUUUGGGCCAGCAGCGUAUUACUGAUUCUCGCUUAAAACUUCCUCACAACUAGGAAAUGCCUAACACGCGCCAACAAAGAUGCGUUGCCGCUUGGGCUGGACGACCAAAGAGCGAACCCAUUCCAGUCCCGACGAGAAACGUUUCAUAAGCGCCGUUUUUACUCGUACGGUUCACGUCAGGUGUCAGUCGACAUCUGUAAAUGUGCCUUUUGGCAGGUUUGCUCGCCAUUUUGGAAGACUUGCAGUCACAUAGGUGCAAAGGAAUAAUAAGGCCAUACAAAUAAAGAAAAUAAGCCUAUGAGAAUAAUGUCGUAAUAUUACGCCCUGGGCAAAAAUAGGCUUUUUUUCCCUUCUUUGUGUAGCCUUAAUGCUCUGUUGUACUAAUGUCAUUAUUAUGAAAAGAGAUUAACACUCCAAUACUUAAAAUGCUAGUACUAAAGAAAUGUUGUCUUGGUGACGUAAUGUAAGGUGAUAGCACAUUAACUUCUGUGGGUUAUGAAAUGUCACGUGUUUAAGGCCUUAAGGAGGACUUUUUAAAGUGGUACAUUUUGAUUUCGAGGCUCCGCUCGAGGGACCUUGCAUGAUUGACAAAAAGCUCUAGGCUUUUUCUUCCUUUUACGCUCCUGUCUCUUUAAGACACGCCCCCUCGCUCCUCUCCAUUCGAUUGGCUGACUAACAAACCUCCAUAACAAGGCAGGAAACUAAAUUCGAACUCUUUAUCACUCGUAGACGUCCAAAUCCAUUCGAAGCCGGAGGGUGGCAGCGAAUGAACAUUCGUUCAUUCACUGCCACCCUCCCACUUCGAAUGGAUUUGGACGUCUAUCGCAGUCAAUGGCAGCCAAUGAGUUAAAUGUGUACGCUUGUAAAGUCUUUUAACGCGCCUUUUUAUUCUGGAAAACUCACCUACUAAAAAUGUUUGUCGCUGCUUUGUCAUCGUCGUCUUGUAAAUACGAUUUAUUUAUUGUCUUUUUAAUAUCCUCGAUGUUCGUUGUGUUGCCAUGUUUUCAUGCCCAAGCCAUUAAGAUUUUUAAUUAAACAGUAUUUUCUUUAAAAACUUUUGUGUGUGUGCGUGUGUUUGUUUGGUCAAGGGUAUAUAUUUUUUUGUUUUUUGAAAUAUAUAUGUUUACCUACAGAGGUGGGUAGAGUAGCCGAAAAUUUUACUUUAGUAGUGUUCUUUCUAAAUACAACCCUUAGCAAAAAGUGUGGAAUUACCAGUCUCGGAUGAGCACUCACUCAGACGUUUUAUUAUGUAGAAGAAACUGAUAAAAAGCUUGAAAAAAAUAAUGAAUUAGUUAAAAAGUGCAUCUCCUUGGCAUUCAGAGAAUGAAUAAAAAACAUUGUGGUGGUCAG